AUGCUGCGCUCUGUGGUUGCCGCUCUCUUGAGCGCCUCCACCGCCCUCGCUCUUUGCAGCCCAGAGAACCCGUGCCCACAGAGCUCGCCCUGCUGCUCCCAAUAUGGCGAAUGCGGUGUCGGCGCUUACUGCCUGGGCGGCUGCGACCCUCGAGCCUCAUUCAAGCUCGAAGCCUGUGCUCCCGCCCCGGUCUGCAGCGACAAGAAGAUGACGUUUGACAAGAUCGACAAGACGAGCGUUGAUAUCAGCAAAUAUUACGGCGACGCUAGCAAGGCUGACUGGAUGGUCCAGGGCGAGGUGGUGCAGUACAACGACUACGCCCUCAUGACCAUGGCCAAGGACACACCUGGCACUGUACUGGCAUCCACCGAGUAUAUGUGGUACGGCAACGUCAAGGCCACGAUGAAGACGAGUCGCGGCCGUGGUGUAGUCACCGCCUUUAUUCUGCUUUCUGAUGUCAAGGAUGAGAUUGACUACGAGUGGGUUGGAGUCGACCUCGGCAUGUCCCAAACCAACUAUUACUACCAGGGCAUUACAAACUAUGGCAAUUCGGGCAACAUUACCACCGAUGACACAUUUGGCAGCUGGCACGAGUACGAAAUUCGUUGGACUCCCGACAAAGUGGAGUGGCUGGUUGAUGGUACAACCCACCGCACCAAGGAGCGCAAGGACACAUGGAACAAGACUGCCAAUGCCUGGGCGUUCCCCCAGACGCCCGCUCGUAUCCAGCUCUCCAUCUGGCCAGGAGGCAAGGCUAGCAAUCCUCCGGGUACCAUCAACUGGGCCGGUGGUGUCAUCUCGUGGGACACCCCCGAUGUCAAGAACAACGGAUACUAUUACGCUGCUGUCAAGUCUGUCGAGGUGAAGUGCUACAGCGCUAAGAGUGCACCUGGAACAAACAGCGGCAAGAGUUACGUGUACACGGAUGCCAGGGCCACCAACGACACGGUCAAAGACACGGACAAGAGCACCAUUAUCGGCUCAUUUAGCGCUACUGGUCUCGACAUGGACGCUGGUAAGACUGACACGAAUAAGCCCACGCCCUCGCAGGCUUCCGUACCUGGCGGCGGCAUCCCGGGCAAAAACGACCACGGCGACGACAAACCCAGCGGUGGUAGCGCUGCCCCGGUCACGCCUCCGGCCCAGGGCCUGGACCCCAAGACCUGCGACCCCAAGACCUUUAACCAGGAUUGCAGCACCCCUGAUGCCGAUGGCACGUCGAAAAAUGCUGGCAAGAACUCGGGCUCUCAGUUGCAGGCGAGCAUGCUGGCCAUUGUCAUUGCUGGUGCUGCUCUCUUCUGCCUAUAA